UCUCAAACCCAUUAUCCGCCCUUCUUUCCGACCUGACCAACUCACCCAAAAUUGCAAUCGUCAUCAUCAUGCUUAAGGCAGUCGCCCUCAUCGCCCUCAUCGCCUCGGCCGUUACUGGCUCCGCCAUCAAUGGUGCCUCCCUCGUCAAGAAGGGAGUCGCCCCAUUCGACGGCACCACCUUGGGCGUCGUUGACCCCGCUCACAGAUGUGGAGGUGUUGGAACUCCACUUCAACUCCGUAUCUCCGGAUGCGAGGGAGUGUGCACUCUCGUUCCAGGACAGAUCUACAACUGUGAGAAGGACUUUAUGCCAAGCUCUGCUGCCCCAUCACUCACCUUGAAGAUUGAGAUUUGCAUGUCCGCCGGAUUCUGCAUGGUCAUCUUGGAGACCGAGCUGCCCAACUCUUCCGUCCAGCCAGGAUUUAUCUACACGGCCAAGUACUCCAUUGUCCCCAACGAUAUCCUGUCCGGACAGACCGUAGAAUUCCGCGCAUAUAUAAGCCAUACCAACAAUCUUCUCUUGGAGAUCUGCGUCUCCGCCGAUAUCCAUAUCGCGCAAGUUGCUUAAGAAAUGAGACAAUUCGACUAAUUAGCUAAUAAAAUGUCCUAGAGACAAAAAUUCCAUCAGACUAAAAAA